GGCACGCUUUCUUUCAGAUCUCGGACGCUAGGUAAAAUGGAGUAACAAAACAUCGAUCAGAAUGGAAGACUUCAAGGGCUGUGUCAGGUAAAAUUUAUUAGAUGUUCGUUGAGUCAUCUUCGGUCACCUAAUGUGAAGGGGGCGCCCUGCACACCCCAUCGCAGGGUCGCAACUGCUGGAGCGGCGCAGUUGUUACGUGUUUACGACUUGUUGCUUUGUUUCCAUUCCCCUGUUCUCGAAGAGCAAGCUUCGUCCUCCUCCUUCUCCCGACUCUGGAUCCAGGAGUGCUGCUUGCUGGCCCCUUAUACAGGUCACCCAGAAGUGCUCCAGGUGCUUGCUGACCUUCUUCCGGCAGCACUUCUGGGUGUGGUGGAAGAGCUGCUCUCCAGGGCUCAGCACCUCCUAUCUCCGCUGCAGCACACCCUGACGGUGCCCGUGGAUCCCAACAGCAGGGCAUCUCCAAACUUCCACUCCAAUGAAGCCCUACAAGAGUCCGAGGCACCGCUGCAACCCAGGGGGGCUGCCAUCUAGCAUUCAUGGGGAGCUGUGAAAACCAAGAUGGCUCCUGGAGAAGCAAUCUGUGAAGAUAUUUCCUGAAGGCAUGGCCAUUUGAUCAAAUAUUCUCCCAUCACCUGCUGAAGCAGGAAACUGCAGAUCAUGCACGUUACAAGGCCGAAAUCUGCCAAGGGUCGCAACAGGCUGCCAUCGAGCUACUCGGCGGCCGUGCAAGCCGUGUCCUGCCAAGGCGACUCGAUUGCUUCCAGGCCCUCGACCUCUUCACUGGAUCAGACAGGGAGAACCUUCUGUGCAUCCCCACAGCCCAGUCUGGCCACAGCCGAUGAUAUUCAGGAGUUCCUCCAACAGUUCCCGGUGAGGCCCUCCUCAUCCUUAAACAGAUAUCGAGUCCUGCCCUCCAUUCAGCAGGGCGGAGGAUGCGUGGCAGCUCAGGGCAUGGAGGCAUCAACCAAGGUGUCGGGGAGAACACAAAGGUGCAGUCCUAUUGACCUUCAAAUGUUGCGAUCUACAGCAGAUGACCAGCAUCUCAGAAGUGAAACAGUGGUGGUGGGAGAGCCUGAGAUGAGUGGAAAUCGGCUCAACUAUGAAACGGGAAGGGUGAGCAAAACAUUUGGGUCACUACAAGGCACUGAACGCCGUCCUCCGGAUUACUUGGAAGAUGGCAAAUGUGUCAUACUUGCUGUGAGAUCUCCUACUGGUGAAAGAUUUCAGCACACGUUUAGUGCCACAGACACACUCAGCAGAGUCCUGGACACGGCCGAGGCCCGGUUUGGGGCCGUCUACAAAAACGUCUUAAUCGAAACCAUGGAUGUGCCGAGAAGAAGCUUCUCUGAUAUGUCCAAAACCCUCACCGAGUGUGGAAUCCAAACAAAAUCUGUAUUGUGUAUUCAAGAACAUUUGGAGUAGGCCAUGGCUUUGUUUUGCAGUUGGCUUUUUGACACUUCGUAAGCACCUAAAUAUUCAGACCCCAUCAGGAGAAAUGACCGAUAUCAGCCAUUAGAAGUCCACCCUUUGUUCACAAAGCACAUUGGUUCUUACUCCGGUGUACUUAUUUCGAUAAUUCUUGCUGCUUUUUUAGAUUUUGAGAGAUUCCAUUUAUAUUUCAAAUUAAAAUCACAGUCCUAUAUUUUUUGCGGUUAUUGCUUUUGUAUUUAACUCAUCCGUCAAUUUACUGAGUACACUUAAUUUUAGGGUUGCUGAUUGCCAAAGCUUAACCCAGCAACACUGGAUGCAAACAACCCUUGGUGAGGAGGUUGGACUCUGGUGGCUUUUAUCUACGGUUCGGUGCCUGCGAUGCCUUGGAAUGUGACCGCCAGUUCAACGUUCCCAGUCACCCUAUCAUCCCUGGAAGGCCCGAAUAACUUUGGGUGGGCCCGUUUAAUCUUUACAGCCUCUGAAUUUUGGAGCCUGCAGCCUUCAAGAUCAGUUCGAAAAGGGGAGUGCCAAGUUCUAUGACUAAUUUGUUUUUUCAUAUAGAAACCUUUAAGAGGGAAACAUUUCAUAUGAAAGCCUUACUUUAUUUAUUAAUCAUCAUUUAUUAAUGAGGAUCACUUUUUAAUUGCUGAGUGUCUUUUGAAUCAGUGUUGGUCAUUUGGCCUUUGUUGUGUCCACGUUUAGUAAUUUGCUCACCAGUUGUUUUUGUAUAUUUACAGUAUAUUCUAGAUUAAUGAAUGAAUCUCGAUGCAGUUUGCUGUUACCCUUCACGCUUGGCUCUGGUUGGAAGUCUGAAUGUGUUCGUCAGGUGGUUAGUCAGUUAGCACCUCAAGUAUGUCCGCUGAUUUCUUUUGUUUCCUUUCUAGUUUAUGUUGUGUAGGACGGAAAAUGUGUAAACUUCUCAAAUGGGCUGAUUAAAAAUCGGGUAUUUGUAA